AUGGACAUCUUUAGAUGUAAAUAUCUUACCCAUGAAAAUGAAGAAAUAAUUGGAUUUUGCUUGAAUCAGAAUUGCUAAAAUGCAACACCAUAUUGUUAUGAAUAUUUAACUACUACUCAUUAAGAUCAUUUGAAUGAUUGUAUUCGAUUCCCUAAAAUUGAUUAAUAUAUGAAUGAAUUCAUACAAGUUUACAAUCAAUCAACCAAAUAAUUCAAAAAAACCUACUUUAGUGUUGUUUUGAAUAAAUUUAAAAAAUAAUGGAACAAAAUAAUAUAAACUAAUUAGAAAAGAUGAUACUACAACUUUAAAACAAAGACUUUUUGGCUUUUAAGUCAUAAAUAAACUAAAUAAAACAAUUUUACUCAAAAGAAAAAGAAUAUUAGAUAUGUAUUAAAAAGAGUAAUUAAUAACAUAAUUUAAUAAUAUUCUUGAUACAAUUAAAAGUAUGGUCACAGAUUUAACUAAUAGUGAGGUUAAAAUUAGUUAUGUCGAAUAAAAUGAUAUUAAAAUUAAAAAAAUUAAUGAUGAGAGUGAAGAUAAAAACUAGUAGAACAUAAAAAACUCUGAAAGAUUAUUUAAUGAAGGUAUAAUGAAUUUAAUUAUAAUUUAGGAUUAGUAUUAAAGAAUUUGAAUAAAUUUUAAGAAACAAUUGAAUGUUAUGAAAAGGCUAUUUCUAUUAAUCAUUUAAAUGAUAACGCAUGGAAUAAUAAAGGUAAUUAAUUGUUAAAUACUUUUAUUUAGGAAAUUCAUUAAAGUAUUUGAUUAAAUAUUAAGAAGCAAUUGAAUGUUAUGAAAAAGCUAUUUUUAUCAACCCUAAAAAUGAGAACGCGUGGAAUAAUAAAGGUUAUUUAUUUUUAAAUAUCAUUACUUAGGAAAUGCAUUAUACAAUUUGAAUAAAUACUAAGAAGCAAUUGAAUGUUACGAUAAAGCUAUUUCUAUUAAUUCUAAACAUGAUAAUACAUGGAGUAAUAAAGAUAAAUUAUAUUAAAAUUCAGGUUUUGCACUAAUUCUCUUCAUUAACAACAUGUUAUUCCACAAUUUUGAGAAAUAUGUGGAAGCUAUUUCAUGUUAUAAUGUAGCACUUUCUAUUAAAAUUAAUCCUUUAAGAUUAUAACUAAAAGGUAAAUAAGUCUUUUCUUUACAUAUAGCUGAUUCACUAAAGCGGUUGAAUAAAAAUUUUGAAAUAUUUUAGAUAUGGAAGAAAUCAGAGGCUAAAAAAUUUUAUGAGGCUGCUUUAGAACAAGGAUUAAAUGAUAAAAAUUACAUAAAGAAAAAAUUAUCAAAGUUAUGA